AUGCCGCCACCGUCGUCGCCGGCGAAUGCGGAGCCCGUGGUUGCGGAGGAGGCGAGGGGCACCGGUACGACGCCGACCGUGAAGGCCGAGCCGGGCGGUGACGGCGCCCUCAUCUUGAUCAAGGUGCAGAGCCAGACCGCGGAGGACGUGUUCUUCCGCGUCAAGCGGAACGUGAAGCUGCGGCGGCUCAUCGACAUGUACUGCGGCAAGCACUCGCUCCACCCCAAGGCCGUCAAGUUCGUAGGUCCCGACGGCCGCUACAUACGGGCCGAGCAGACGCCGGAAAAGGUCGGGCUCGAGGACGGCGACGAGAUCAGCGUGGUGCUCGACCAGGAAGGCGGCGGCGGGGCGCCGGUGCACGCGAGCCAGAUUUGUGCGUGA